UAUUCGUUUAUUCGCUACAUAACCACCUAAAAUAUGAAGUGUGAUGAGAUUGUUCGCGCGCACGUGCGUGUGCAUUAUAGGCGUGGUUUAUCGUGAGUACGUCAGGGUCAAUCAAUAGCAUUUUUCAAAUAUUCGCCCAACCGCUGCCUGUUAGAUAAUUUGCCUAUUCGAUAUAAUCGCUUAUUCUCUCUAUUUGUUUAUUCGCUACAUACACCACCUAAGUCAGUGUGUUGAGAUUGUGCACGCGCACCUGCGCGCGCAUCAUAGGCGUGGUUUAUCGCGAGUACGUCAACUCCAUUUUAAGAGUGAAUCUUCAACUCCUGACAAGAGAAAAUGGUGGGCACAAGAUUCCAUGACGAAGAGGAUGAACUCCUGCUAACCCGCAUGUUGAAGAAGGGUUAUGACCGGACCCGGAAGCAGGCCGAGAAGAGGGCGAUUGUCGUGGGGGUCGUCAAGGCCUUACAAAAAAAAUUUGGGCGGACCCACGACAAAAUUCAAAUUGUAAAAAAAUGGUCAGACCUGAAAAGGAGACACCCGGACUGGGUCAAAGAGCUCAGUGAGAGAGUCUGCCCAGGGCUUCCAGCGCCAACGGUCCGCCGCCGUCUAACCACGGCAGAUUUGGAUGUAGUGGAGGUCUCCACAGAGGAGGAUGAGCAGGCGGGCCCCUCCCACAGUCCUCGAGGUGCCACCAACCCACCUGAUGUGGGGAUUGUUGUGGAGGUGUCAGACGAGCCCGGACCCUCUCAAGGGCCAAAAACAUCUGGCCCAGCUCCUGCUAAGGAGGAGAUCGCCACCCCAGCUCCUGAAGAAGAGGAUGAGGCGUUGGUUACCACCCCACACCAGGAGGUAAUCAAGAAAAUUUCUGCUAAAAUUGCUCUAAUGCAAAAGAGGCAUGGGAAAAUCAGGCAAUUAAGAGCCCUCAUUCAAAAAUCCUAAAGAAUGCUGCAGGAAUUUGAAUGCCAAUAUCGGGAGGACCUGAAGGAG